ACCAAUACAAUAAUAGCUGGAGAUUUUAACACCCCAUAUUCAGCACUGGACAGAUCUUCCAGACAGUAAAUCAACAAAGAUUAUUUCAAUAUACACUGAAAAAUCAGACAAAAGAAAGAUUAAAUGGGAUUUAAUCUACACUAUAGAUCAAAUGGACCUAAUAGAUAUUUACAGAACAUUUUAUCCAACAGCUACAGAAUACACAUACUUUUCCUGAGCACAGGAAUCAUUCUCAAGGAUAGACCAUAUGUUAGGUCAAAAAACAUGUCUUAAAACACUCCGAAAAACUGAAAUAAUAUCAAUUGUGUCACAGAAUAAGUGGAAUAAACUAGAAACCAAUGACGAGGAAUUCUGGAAACCAUACAAACGUGGAAAUUAAACAAUAUGCUCCUGAAUGACCAGUGGGGUCAAUGAAGAAAUUAAGAAGAAAAUUGAAAAGUUUUUUCAAACAAAUGGUAAUGAAAAUGCAACAUACCAAAACCUAUGGAAUACAGCAAAAGCAGUACUAAGAAGGAAGUUUAUAGAUAUAAGCACCUACAUCAAAAAAGAAGACCUUCAGGCUGGGUGCAGUGGCUCCCACCUGUAAUCCCAGCACUUUAGGAGGCCAAGGGGAGUGGAUCACCUGAGGUUAGGAGUUCGAGACGAGCCUGGCCAACAUGGUGAAACCCUGUAUCUACUAAAAAUACAAAAAAUUAGCCAGACAUGGUGGUGGGUGCCUGUAAUGCCAGCUACUUGGGAGGCUGAGGCAGGAGAAUUGCUUGAACCCAGGAGGCAGAGGUGGCAGUGAGCUGAGAUUGCGCCAUUGCACUCCAGACUGGGCAACAAGAGUGAAGUGAAACUCAUCUCAAAAAAAAAAAAGAAAAAAAAAAGAAGAAGAAAACCUUCAAAUAAACAACCUAAGAAUGCAUCUUAAAGAAUUAGAAAAGCAAGAGCAAACUAAACCCAAAAUCAGUAGAAGAAAAGAAAUAAUAAAAAUCAGUAGAAAUAAAUGAAUUUGAAAUGAAGAAACAAUAGAAAAGAACAAUGAAACAAAAAGUUGGUUUUUUGAAAAGACAAACAAAAUUGACAAACCUUGAGGUAGACUAAGAAAAAAACAGAAAGGCCCAAAUAAAUAAAAUUAGAGAUGAAAAAGGAGACAUUACAGUUGAUACUGCAGAAAUUCAAAGGAUCAUUAAUGCAACUAAGAACAAUUAUAUACCAAUAAAUUGGAAAACCUAGAAGAAAUGGAUAAAUUCCUAGGCAGAUACAACAUAGCAACAUUGAACCAUGAAGAAAUAAAAAACCUGAACUGACCAAUAACAAAUAACGAGAUCAAAGCCAUAAUAAAAAGUCUCCUAGCAAAGAAAACCCCAGAACCCAGUGGCUUCACUGCUGAAUUCUACCAACAUUUAAAAAAGAACUAAUACCAAUCCUACUCAAACUAUUCCAAAACACAGAGGAGAAGGCAAUACUUCCAAACUUAUUUUACAAAGCCAAUAGUACUUUGACACCAAAACCAGACAAAGACAUGUCAGAAAAAGAAAACUAUAGGCCAUUGUCACUGAUGAAUAUUGAUGCAAAAAUCCUCAACUCAAUACUAGCAAACUGAAUUUAACAAUACACCAAAAAGAUCAUUCAUCAUGACCAAGUGGCAUUUAUCCCUGGGAUGCAAGGAUGGUUCAAUAUAUGCAAAUCAAUCAAUGUGAUGUAUCAUUUCAACAGAAUAAAGGGCAAACACCAUAUAAUCAUUUCAAUAUGUACUGAAAAAGCUUUUGAUGAUAUUUAACAUCCCUUCAUGAUAAAAACCCUAAAAAAAAACUGGGUAUAGAAGGAGCAUACCUUAACAUAAUAAAAGCCAUAUAUGGCAGACCCACAGCUAGUAUGAUAAUGAAUGGGGAAAAACUGAAAGCCUUUCCUGUAAGAUCUGGAACACAAUAAGAAUGCCCACUUUCACCACUGUUGUUCAACACAGUAGUCAAAGUCCCAGCUAGAGCAGUAAGACAAAAAAAAAAAAAAAAAAAAAAAAAGAAGAAGAAAUAAAGGGCAUCCAUAUUGGGAAGGAAGAAAUCAAAUUAUCCUUGUUUGCAUAUAAUAUGAUCUUAUAUCUGGAAAUACCUAAAGACUCCACCAAAAAAGUAUUGGAACUGAGAAAUAAAUUCAGUAAAGUUGCAGGAUACAAUAUCAACAUACAAAAAUCAAUAACAUUUUUAUAUGCCAACAUUGAACAAUCUGAAGCUACUUGAGAGGCUGAGGCAGGAGGAUUGCUUGAGCUUGGGAGGUAGAGGUUGCAGUGAGCCAUGAUGGCCCCACUGCACUCCAGCCUAGGCAACAGAGCAAGACCCCAUCUCAAACAACCAAAAACGUGUAGAAGGAUGGUCACCAGAGGCUGGGAAAAGUAGUAUAGCGAGGAGUAGUUAUGGGGGAAGUGGGGAUGGUUAAUAGGUAUAAAAAAUAGUUACAAAGAAUGAAUAAGACCUAGUAUUUGCUAGCACAAUGGAGUGACAAUAGUAAAAAAUAAUUUAAUUGUACAUUGAAAAAUCUUGAAAAAUUUCAUUGAAAAAGAGUAUAAUUGGAGCCAGGCGCAGUCGCUCAAGCCUCUAAUCCCAGAACUUUGGGAGGCCAAGGCGGGCGGAUCACGAGGUCACGAGUUCGAGACCAGGCUGGAUAACAUGGUGAAACCCAGCCUUUACUAAAAAAUACAAAAAUUAGCCGGGUGUGGUGGCGCGUGCUUGUAAUCCUAGCUACUCGGGAGGCUGAGGCAGGAGAAUUGCUUGAACCCACCCAGGAGGCGGAGGUUGCAGUGAGCCUGGCACCAUUGCACUCUAGCCUGGGAGACAGAGCAAGACUCCCUCUCGAGAAAAAAAAAAAAAAGUAUAAUUGGUUUGUCAGUCCGUGUCCAGGAGGAAGAAGCAGGAGGUCCUGUUGAGUACAGGCAGGAAAUUCCGCUUAAGUGCAAAUAUACCCCGGGAGGAUUCAUAUCAAAGUGCAGGGAGGAAGCCCGCCCUGCCAAGAGCUGUGUCAGAAACUUGCUCAUCCGGCUCCACUCAGCUGUGCAAGAUCGCUUCUUCUGUCAAUCAGCCUGCAGGGGGCGGGACCUGACGCCCUAUCCAAUCAGGGCCGUGGUUCGGGUUCGUGGGAACUGUCAAUCAGGCGCGCUGCCCAGAGAAGUGUGUGUGGUUGAAAAAGCCCGCGGCGUCUUCUACACCCACCUACGCUCGGCGCUGGGCUCUGUAGCUGAGAGACGACCUAGAAGCUCUGUGGUAUCCUUUGUCCCGCUGGAACCCGCAUUGGCAUCGGGAGCCGUCGGGAAGACCUGGGACACCGCGGAAGUCGGGAAAUGGCCUCAGUGGCUUUAGAGGAUGUGGCUGUGAACUUCACCCGAGAAGAGUGGGCUUUGCUGGGUCCUUGUCAGAAGAAUCUCUACAAAGAUGUGAUGCAGGAAACCAUCAGGAACCUGGAUUGUGUAGGAAUGAAAUGGAAAGACCAGAACAUUGAAGAUCAAUACAGAUAUCCCAGGAAAAAUCUAAGAUGUUGUAUGUUAGAGAGAUUUGUUGAAAGUAAAGAUGGAAGUCAAUGUGGAGAAACGUCUAGGCAGAUUCAAGAUAGUAUUGUGACCAAGAACACUCUUCCUGGAGUAGGUCCGUGUGAAAGCAGUAUGAGUGGAGAAAUCGUCAUGGGUCAUUCAUCCCUUAAUUAUUACAUCAGAGCUGGUGCUGGGCACAAACCACAUGAGUAUCAUGAAUGUGGAGAGAAGCCAGAUACGCAUAAACAAUGUGGGAAAGCCUUCAGUUACCACAACUCUUUUCAAACACAUGAAAGGCUUCACACUGGAAAGAAACCAUAUGAUUGUAAAGAAUGUGGGAAGUCCUUCAGUUCUUUGGGAAGCCUUCAAAGACACAUGGCAGUGCAGCGUGGAGAUGGACCUUAUAAAUGUAAGUUGUGUGGGAAAGCGUUUUUUUGGCCCAGUUUGUUAUAUAUGCAUGAAAGAACACACACUGGAGAGAAACCAUAUGAAUGUAAGCAGUGUUCUAAAGCCUUUUCUUUUUACAGUUCCUAUCUAAGACAUGAAAGAACACAUACUGGGGAGAAACCGUAUAAAUGUAAACAGUGUUCUAAAGCCUUUCCUUUUUACAGUUCCUAUCUAAGACAUGAAAGAACACAUACUGGGGAGAAACCGUAUGAAUGUAAGCACUGUUCUAAAGCCUUCCCUGAUUACAGUUCUUGUCUAAGACAUGAAAGAACUCACACUGGAGAGAAACCCUAUACAUGUAAACAAUGUGGGAAAGCCUUCAGUGCUUCCACUUCCCUUCAAAGACAUGAAACCACUCACAGUGCAGAGAAACCCUAUGCAUGUCAGCAAUGUGGGAAAGCAUUUCAUCAUCUGGGAAGCUUUCAAAGACACAUGAUAAGGCACACUGGAAAUGGACCUCAUAAAUGUAAGAUAUGUGGGAAAGGCUUUGAUUGUCCUAGUUCACUGCAAAGUCAUGAAAGAACUCACACUGGAGAGAAACCCUAUGAAUGCAAGCAGUGUGGGAAAGCGUUAUCUCAUCGCUCAAGCUUUCGAAGUCAUAUGAUAAUGCACACUGGAGAUGGACCUCAUAAAUGCAAGGUAUGUGGGAAAGCCUUUGUUUAUCCCAGUGUAUUUCAAAGACAUGAAAGGACUCACACUGCAGAGAAACCCUAUAAAUGUAAACAAUGUGGCAAAGCCUACCGUAUUUCCAGUUCCCUUCAAAGGCAUGAAACAACUCAUACUGGAGAGAAACCCUAUAAAUGCAAACGUGGGAAAGCCUUUAUUGAUUUGUGUUCCUUUCAAAAUCACAAAACAACUCACACUGGAGAGAAGCCACAUGAGUGUAAGGAAUGUGGGAAAGCAUUCAGUCGUUUCAAAUACCUUUCUCGACAUAAAAGGACUCACACAGGAGAGAAACCUUAUGAGUGUAAAACAUGUAGGAAAGCCUUCGGUCAUUAUGAUAACUUAAAGGUACAUGAAAGAAUUCACUCUGGAGAGAAGCCCUAUGAAUGUAAGAAAUGUGGGAAAGCAUUCUCUUGGCCCACUUGCUUUCUACGACAUGAAAGAAUUCACAUGAGAGAGAAAUCCUACGAAUGUCAACAAUGUGGUAAAGCCUUCACUCAUUCCCGUUUUCUUCAAGGACAUGAAAAAACUCAUACUGGAGAGAACCCGUAUGAAUGUAAGGAAUGUGGGAAAGCAUUUGCUUCUCUCAGUUCCUUGCAUAGACAUAAAAAGACUCACUGGAAAAAAACUCACACUGGAGAGAACCCGUAUGAAUGUAAGGAAUGUGGGAAAGCAUUUGCUUCUUUCAGUUCCUUGCAUAGACAUAAAAAGACUCACUAGCAUUCUCUCUAAAUGUAUGGAAUGUGGGAAAGCAUUUAUUAAUUUUAUUUCAUUUCAGAAACUUGUAAGAAACACAUUGGAGAUAGACCCUGUGAAUGUAAGCACUUGGUAAAGCCUUAAGUAGUUUCAGUUUCUUUCCAGUACAGUCAUCCCUUGAUACCAGCUGCGUACUGGUUCCAGCACUCCAUGAGCCAUGUCAAGUCCCUUUUAUAAAAUGACAUAUUUGUAUUUAACUUACCCACAUCCUCUUGUAUACUCUCAAUUAUGUCUAGAUUACUUAAAAUACCUCAUGCAUUGUAAAAGGUAUGCAAAUAUUUGUUCUAUUGUAUUGUUUAGGGAAUCAUGAUAAGGAAAAGCGUCUAUGUAUUUUCAGUAUAGAUGCAGUAAUUGUGAGCCUAUCAACAUAGUAUAUGUCAGCCGGAACAUUAAAGUUUCUUUGUUUCAGCUUUCA